UGUGCGGGGAAACACGGUGCAGAGAGUGAGGGAGUGCAACUGGAACGUACAGACUUUUAGAUGACGUAUACUAAGAAUGAAAGAAAAAUAGAGAUAUGCUCGAUGCUAUAUACUUUUCAUCUCUCAUUGUCUAAUUGUUAAGUGUUCUCCAGUGCUGAAAUGUUAUCAUUGGGAUGUUUACUGUGUUACGGAGUACUGCUGGCUGCACUCGUCAUAAUUUUGUGUUUUGUAGUGAUAUACGUGACGAGCGAGCGAUAUCCCAGAAUCUCGAGGGAUGAAAGUGAAAAGUUCUUUCUCGACUGCAACACAAAGAGAAGGGAGGCAUUCCCUUCGUUACACGAUCCCUGGAGCGUACAUCUCAGUGUCAUUAUACCUGCUUACAAUGAGGAACAAAGACUGCCUCCAAUGUUGGACGAAUGUCUGGAAUAUUUGGAGGAACGUAGCAAGUCUGGAUUAACUUACGAAGUGAUAGUAGUCAGUGACGGCAGUAGAGACAAGACUGUAGAUUUUGCACAUAGUUACGCGUCAAUAUACAAUACUAUAAGAGUACUGAACCUUGUAAAAAAUAGAGGAAAAGGUGGUGCUGUAAGAUUGGGUAUGCUGAGUGCGAGAGGUAGUGCUUUAUUAUUCGCGGAUGCAGAUGGUGCUACCAAGUUCAGUGAUCUAAAAAAGUUAGAUGAGAGUUUAACAAACGUUCUAGGAUUCGAUUACACGAGCAAGCCUGAGGAAACGGCGUUGUCCGACGCGGUAAUAUGUGGAUCAAGAGCGCAUUUAGAGAAGGAAGAAACUGCCAAGCGAUCCUACUUCCGACUCUUUCUCAUGCACGGAUUUCAUUUCUUAGUUUGGCUGUUGUGCGUUAGAGGCAUUAGAGAUACGCAGUGCGGAUUUAAGCUCCUAACGAGAAAAUCAGCGAGAACGAUAUUCGAAGCGUUGCACGUCGAACGCUGGGCAUUUGACGUGGAAAUGCUCUACAUCGCCCAGACUCUCAACAUUCCCGUGACCGAAAUAGCGGUUAACUGGACGGAGAUCGAGGGCUCCAAGAUAGUACCGUUUUGGAGUUGGCUGCAGAUGGGCAGGGAUCUACUACUCAUCUGGCUUAGAUACAAAAUCGGAGCGUGGAAGAUAAAUAAACCUAAAACGACUUAGUAUUAACGCAUAAUUCGCAUAAAACAGUCAGUCGAAAGAUUCCCAUCUCGAUUGACCUUUCUCCUGAUCUAUUUGUAAGGAUAUUUUUAAUAAUGAAAUAUAUUAUGAAAAUUUAUACACAUGAAA